GGUUCGACUUCCCCGGUUCCCGCUGGACCCCGCGCCUGCCCGAGUUGCCCCCGUGGCCACCGGCCCUGGAGCCCCCUGCCCAGCUGCUACGCGACGCCACGCUCUGCCAGGAGCUGCGCCGCGACCUCACCGACCUGGCCACCGGCGAGCUGCCGGAGUCGAAGGGCGUCCCAGUGGCUGACGUCUUCCCGUUGCAACCUGCGGCGUUGGGUGAACCCAACACCUUGGUGUGUAUGGUGGGGAAUGUCUUCCCGCCGGACGUGACGAUUGGUUGGCAACACAACGGUGUCCCCGUCACCCAAGGGGUCACCCACACCCACUACAGCCCCACGGCCGACCUGGCCUUCGUCCGCUUCUCCUACCUACCCAUGACGCCCGUCGCCGGUGACGUCUACGCCUGCGUCAUCACCCGCGAAGGGGACAACUCCUCCGUCAUCGCCUACUGGG